CCUAUGAAACCUGCUAACUUUGCUCUUCCACUAACAUCAUUACGUGAUGUGUGAUUGUUUCACUGAUAACUGUUUUAUAUUUUUUGGGGGGGUGUGGUUUGGUUUUAUGGGUGUGCUUUCAUUUCGGCUUACAUUUUGCUCUUGAAUUGGAACUCUACCUUCUUUUUCUUAUAAACCCAUAUCAGGGCUCUUUUACCAUUUGCUUCUAUUUUAGAUCUUUUUUCUUUAUCUUUCUUUGCUCUCUUUGUUUCAUAUCCUUUUACAGGGUAUUUUGCGUGAGAAGUGAUGGCUGAUAGGCACCAACACCCUUCUGUCAUGCAAAAGGUAGCUGGACAACUCCAUCUUACUUCCAGCCUUUCACAAGAUGUUCAAUAUCGCUAUGGAGGUUUCCAAAGGCCUGCUCUGCAUCAGAGGCGUUUUGCAUCUGGAAGUUGCAAUGCGGCCCUACGGUAUCCCAUGACACAGGCAUGCGCAGCAAAUUAUGAUCUGUCAUUGGUCGGUUCAAGUUCAUCACCUAUAUGUGUCCAGGCUCCAUCAGAGAAAAGCUUUUCUAGUUUUGCUGUUGAUUUUCUUAUGGGUGGAGUUUCUGCUGCUGUGUCCAAAACUGCUGCUGCUCCCAUUGAACGGGUGAAGCUCUUAAUUCAAAACCAGGAUGAGAUGAUUAGGGCUGGUCGGCUCUCUGAACCUUACAAGGGAAUUGGUGAUUGUUUCAAAAGAACAAUCCAAGAUGAGGGCAUGGUGUCAUUGUGGAGAGGAAACACAGCCAAUGUGAUCCGUUAUUUCCCCACUCAGGCCUUGAACUUUGCCUUCAAAGAUUACUUUAAAAGACAGUUCAACUUCAAGAAGGACCGUGAUGGCUACUGGAAGUGGUUUGCUGGCAACUUGGCAUCUGGUGGCGCGGCUGGUGCGUCUUCCCUUCUCUUUGUCUAUUCCCUGGAUUAUGCCCGAACUCGUCUUGCCAAUGAUGCUAAGGCUGCAAAGAAAGGAGGCGAGAGGCAAUUCAAUGGCCUGGUUGAUGUAUAUAGGAAGACUCUGAAGUCAGAUGGUAUUGCUGGCCUUUACCGUGGCUUCAACAUUUCAUGUGUUGGCAUCAUUGUUUACCGUGGUCUUUACUUUGGAAUGUAUGACUCUUUGAAGCCAGUUGUUCUCGUCGGAAAGUUGCAGGAUAGCUUCUUUGCUAGCUUUGCUCUUGGUUGGGUUAUUACCAACGGUGCUGGUCUUGCCUCCUACCCAAUUGACACUGUCCGUAGAAGAAUGAUGAUGACAUCAGGUGAAGCUGUCAAGUACAAGAGCUCACUUGAUGCAUUCUCUCAGAUCCUCAAGAAUGAGGGUGCCAAGUCUCUCUUUAAGGGUGCUGGUGCGAACAUCCUCCGUGCAGUUGCCGGUGCUGGUGUGCUUGCAGGCUAUGAUAAGCUCCAGAUGAUUGUAUUCGGGAAGAAGUAUGGUUCUGGCGGGGCAUAAUCAUGCCAACUAUCUUUUCUACAUAAAUACAGAUGGUGAUGAAAAUCAUUUGCAAUUUAAUUUGAUUCAAGAUUUUGCGGAAGGCGAUUAUUUCUCAUUUGAAUAACUUAGUUUAGAGGGGUUUGCCCUCUUGGGAGGAAAUUUUUACCCCAUUUAAUCCUCAUUAUUUGAGUUGUUGCAACCUUACAUUUUGAUUCUACUUUUUGGAAUUUUAUAGAUUCCCCCUUUGCUUUCCUAAUAUAUGACACUGGGGACUGCCAAGAGACUGCAGAGCUUAUAAUUUUGGAAA